AUGGCCCCUAGAAUGCAGUAUGUCCGUCUCGGGAACUCCGGAUUGAAGGUGUCGAAGAUCAUUCUCGGUUGCAUGUCCUACGGCACGAAGGAAUGGCGGGACUGGGUACUGCCUGAGGAAGAGGCCAUCAAGCAUAUCAAGUUCGCUUACGAUCACGGGAUUCAGACAUUCGACACAGCGGACCUGUACUCUCAUGGACUCUCGGAGACCAUCCUGGGCAACGCGAUCAGGAAGCUGAACCUCCCUCGCGAGGAGCUCGUGAUCAUGACGAAACUUUGGAGCCCUAUCGCAAAUGACUUCAAGAAGGACUUCACUGAACCCAGUGCGAAGCCUGAGGAGGCGGGCAUCAUCAACCAGAAGGGCCUCAGUCGCAAGCACAUCUUUGAUGCCGUGCAGGCUAGUCUGAAGCGUCUUCAGGUUGAUUAUAUUGAUCUAUUGCAAUGCCAUCGAUUCGACUACGAGACGCCGAUUGAGGAAACAAUGCAGGCUCUGCACGACGUCGUGAAGGCAGGAUAUGUACGAUACAUUGGUAUGAGCUCAUGCUGGGCGUAUCAGUAUUAUGCGAUCACGCACAACCUCACGCCGUUCGUCUCGAUACAGAACCAUUAUAACCUCAUGUAUCGGGAAGACGAGCGUGAGUUGAUGCCCACAUUUAAGAUGUUCGGCGUCGGGUCCAUACCUUGGUCCCCUCUCGGACGGGGGCUGCUGUGCCGUCCGUACAAUACGGAACCAACAGCUCGCAAGAAGAGCGACGAUUUUCAGUACGAAGAUGCGCCCUUCCUGCCGACUCUGACCAGCAGGAUCGAGGAACUCGUUGAGAGGAAGGGUGUCAGUAUGGCGCAGAUCUCCCUGGCUUGGUGCUUGGCGAAGGAGGGGGUGACGGCGCCCAUCAUCGGCACCACGAGUCUCUCGAAUCUUGAGGAUAUUCUUGGCGCAUUGGAUGUGAAGCUGACGGAUGAAGAGAUCAAGUACCUGGAGGAGCCUUACCGGCCUGUAAAGAUCUCUGGUCAUAUCUAA